AUGGCAGAGACCGCAGCCGAGCGUACCGCUCGCGAACAGCGCGAACAGCGCGAACGCGAUGCCGAGGACGCCCACCGUCGCCAAGCUGAGGCCGCCCGCACCGCCGCCCUCGACGCCUAUGAGGCCAAGCACGCCGACGUCCACGCCGCCGCCAUUGCCGUCCUCAACAUCAAGGUGCUUGUGCCAGUGGUCCUCGACCGCGUCGCCAACAACUACACCCGUUGGCGUGCCCUCUUCCUUGUCGUCUUGGGCAAAUAUGCCCUCACCGAUCACGUCCUCAACGAUGUCGUCAACGCCGAUCGGCCGGCGUGGGUGCAGAUGGACUGCACCGUCCUCACAUGGAUCUACGGGACGAUCAACGCCGACCUCCAGCAGUCCACCAUGCUGAAGAACCCAACCGCCCGCGUCGCCUGGCUCCACCUCGAGGACGAGUUCCUCGGCCAGCGCGAGUCGCGUGCGCUGCUGCUGUCCGCCGAGUUCCGCACGGUGAAGCAAGGGUCGACGUCCAUUACGGACUUCUGCCGUCGCCUCGAGACGAUGGCCGCCGCCCUACGCGACUUCGGCGAUCCCGUCGGCGACCGCACCCUCGUCCUCACGCUGCUCCGCGGUCUCAGCGCCAAGUUCCGCCCCAUGGUGACGAACAUCAAGCUGCGCCAGCCGUUCCCGACCUUCGCGGAGGCACGCACGCUUCUGCUUCUUGAGGAGAUUGAUCUCAACGACGUUACCGCCGACACCGAACCACCACCUGCCCCCGCGCCGUCGGCCCUCGUCACCGACUCGUCCGGCCCCGUCGCCCGCGCUCCCUCCACCCGUGGCAGCAGCACCGGUGGCGGCCAGGGCGCCUCCAGCCGCGGCCAGGGCAGCUCUGGUGGUGGCCAGGGCAACCGCCGACAGCGCCGCGGCCGUGGUGGCAAGCAGCAGCAGAACCAGCAGGCCGGUGCACCUGCUGCCAGCGGCUCCCGUCCGCCUCCCCUCCUCUACAACACUUGGGGAGGUAUGGUUCAGUUUUGGCCGCACCAGCAGCCCUCCAACAGUGCUCCCGGCGGGCCGUUUCGUCCACCACAGGCAGCGCUCGCGGCUGUGCCGCAGCCCCAGCUGCAGCCCAACCUGGCGCCGUAUGGCUACGGCGUCGGUCCACCGCCCGGGUUCGGCUACGCUCCGCCCCCACCGCAGCAACCGGCAUGGACUCCCAUGCAGGGCGGGUCUUUCGACACGUCCUCCCUCGCCAGCAACUUCAGCACCAUGUCGCUAACUCCACCCGGACCAAGCGAAUGGUACGUCGACUCCGGCGCCGGUGCUCACAUGGUUAACAACGCUGGUAUAAUUUCAUCCUCUCACCCUCCCUUGUCAUCAAGUCCUUCAUCUAUCAUUGUUGGUAAUGGGGCUUCGCUUCCUGUUACUUCCGUCGGAUCACACUCCUUUUUUACCACACGACGUCCCCUAGUUCUUUCUAAUGUUUUAGUUUCACCUGACAUUAUUAAGAAUCUAAUUUCCGUUCGUCGUUUUACCACCGAUAACAACUGUUCCAUCGAAUUUGAUCCAUUCGGCCUUUCUGUGAAGGAUUUACAGACACGGAGCGUGAUCGCCAGGUGUAAUAGCACGGGAGAUCUUUACCCGUUCUUUUCGCCGGCACCACCCAGCACCACCGCCACCGCCCUCACUGCUGCCGCGCCUUCCACCACCCUUUGGCAUCGCCGCCUUGGUCAUGUCGGUCCUGAAGCUUUGUCCAAGCUCCUUAGUUCCAAUGCUAUCACAUGUAAUAAGCGCCAUGACACUCAUGUUUGCCACGCUUGUCAGCUUGGUCGCCAUGUGCGCCUCCCUUUUAGCUUGUCAAACUCUCGUGCACUUCGCCCAUUUGAUUUAAUACAUUGUGAUCUUUGGACAUCUCCUAUUGUUAGUGUGUCUGGCUACAAAUAUUAUCUUGUUAUUCUUGAUGAUUGCACACACUAUAGCUGGACAUUCCCUUUACGCCUCAAGUCCGACACCUUUACCGUUCUCACUAAUUUUUUCUCAUAUGCGCGCACACAAUUUGACUCCACUAUCAAGGCAGUUCAGUGCGAUAACGGCCGUGAAUUUGAUCAUUCCUCGGCCCGCACGUUCUUCCUCACUCACGGGGUUGCCUUUCGGAUGUCGUGCCCAUACACCUCUCAGCAGAACGGGCGGGCUGAGCGCGCUCUUCGCACCAUCAAUAAUAUCGUGCGCUCUCUUCUGUUCCAGGCCAGUCUUCCUCCGGUUUAUUGGGCGGAUUCCCUUCACACUGCUACCUAUCUCCUCAACCGCCACCCUACAAAAACCUUAGACGGCCGAACACCAUACUUCGCACUAUACGGCACGCAGCCCUCCUACACCCACCUUCGUGUUUUCGGCUGUGCCUGCUAUCCCAACCUGUCAUCUACAGCUCCACAUAAAUUAUCACCACGUUCCUCCUUGUGUGUCUUCCUGGGGUACCCGUAG